CUUCAUCUCAAUCUAAUAUAAUAGAUAUUCAUAAUCCGCACUUUAGCCCUACUCCUUUUCCCAUUAUUUAUUGAUUCACCUUAUUUAAUAUAAGAUGGCCGAAACUUCCGAUGCAAAGCUCUACGUCGAAGCCUCCGAAGCCCGUAAAUUCAUCGAAGCCGUGCUCAUCGGGAAUGACGUGCCAGCCUCCAACGCAGAAGUAGUCGCGAAGUGUCUCGUGGCCGCAGAUCUACGGGGCGUCGACACGCACGGCAUCAACCGGAUCCCAUCGUACAUGGCCCGUGUGCGCGCCGGUGUCCUCGACGGCACCGCCACUCCCUCAUUAUCUAAGAUCACGCCGGUCGUCGCGCAAGUCGACGGGCGCAAUGGGUUCGGGUUUCUAGCUGCUUCGUUGGGUAUGAAGGAGGCGUGCGAUAUGGCGCAAGACUUCGGGAUCGGGAUGGUGAGCGUCAAGCACUCGAACCACUUCGGAAUGAGCGCUUGGAUCGUGCAACAGGCUAUCGAUGCGGGGAUGAUGAGCCUCGUGUUCACGAACUCGAGUCCGGCGCUGCCGGUUUUCGGUGGGAAGAGUAAGUUAAUGGGGGUUUCGCCUAUUGCAUGUGGCGCUCCGGGUGGUAAGGAGAAGCCCUUUAUUUUAGAUAUGGCACCGUCUAUAGCGGCUAGGGGUAAGAUAUAUAAGGCGAAGAGGAGAGGGGAGAAGAUACCUUUGGAUUGGGCGUUGGAUGCGGAAGGGAGACCAACGGAUGAUCCGGCUGCCGCCCUAGAGGGUGUUAUGUUGCCGAUGGGAGGACCUAAGGGCUCGGCGUUGGCGAUCAUGAUGGAUGUAUUUUCAGGCGUUUUAUCAGGCUCGGAAUACGCAGGCGGCGUUACAGGCCCGUACGAUCCAAGCAAACCCUCGGAUGCCGGUCAUUUCCUCGUAGCUAUCAAACCAGACUUAUUUAUGAGUCUCGACGACUUCAAAAAACGCAUGGAUUUUCUUCAUCAACAAGUUGUUGGCUCGGAUAAGGCUGCCGGCGUCGAGCGGAUAUACUUCCCUGGUGAGAUCGAGCAAUUGACCCAAGAGGAAAGAGAGAAGACGGGAAUUCCUUUAGUUCAAGCCGAGAUCGAUGCUCUGAAUGAGGAGGCUAAGAAAGUUGGAAAGCCCCCUAUUGCAGUCAAAGGUUUAUGAUGUCGCAAGUUUCAAAUACUCAAUUAUUUCAGCGAUAUAUCCAUAUUUAUCUGGUUUGUAAACAUGAUCCUUGUUACCGCGAAGACUCUUGUAUAUACGAUUCCGUGCAAUCAUCUCUCAAACCCAGCCCUCAAAAAGUCAAAAUCCGCCCCCUGAUCUGCCUGAUUCACCUCCCUCAUAUACAACCCUCUAUACCCCCUCAUCCGCUCCCUCGCUUUCCACGGGUGUUCCGAGCCCUCCCCCACGACCUCCCUCCUCCUAUCCACC